AGACAAGUCGCGCUCGCCUUCCUUCCGAUUUACUUUCAUGUCUGAUCGCCGGCUUCUGGUCCCUUCCCUCCAGUCACUCCUCUGUGCUCACAGCCAUCUCGCCCGGUCAAGAUGUAUUCCACCUCCUGGCUGACUCGCUCCGUCGUGGUUGCCUAUCAGGCCGCUCUCCUCAUCCUGUCUCCUGCGGCUCUUCUUGUCUCGGCCAAGCCCUUCCCGACCAAAGAUGUCUACGACUACAUUGUCGUUGGCAGCGGUCCCGGCGGCGGCGUCGUCGCCAGCAACCUCGCCCUAGCUGGCCACUCGGUCAUGCUCAUCGAGGCUGGCAGCGACGACAGUGCCAACCUGGGGACUGUCCUGCCGGCCCUGCAGUACCCGGCGGACCCGGCUCUCAAGUGGUCCUUCUUUGUCCAGCACCACACCGACCCGGAAGUUGAAAAGAAGAACCGCCUUCUGGUAUGGACGCUGCCUAGCGGCGAUUACUGGGUCGGAAGUGCCGACAAGGCACCGCAGGGGGCUGAGCUGAACGGCAUCUGGUACCCUCGCGGAGCCUCGCUCGGUGGCAGCGCGCUCGUCAACGCCAUGGCAUCUGUCCUGCCCAACGACGCCGACUGGUCCGAGAUCGCCGCCAUCACCGGCGACCGGACUUGGGGCCCCAAGCACAUGCGUGACAUCUUUGUCAGGGUCGAGCGCAACCGCUACCUGAGGGGCAACGAAUCGAGGGCGGGCCAUGGCUUCGACGGCUUCAUGGACAUUGGCUCCGGCGACUCCGACUUCUACAAGACGCAGCCUGGCCGCCUGGCUCUGUUGGGCCAGCUCGCGUCGGACCUGGCAGGCGAGAAGCUCUCCGAGGAGCAGGUCCUCGCACAGCUCGAACGCGAUGGCAACUACCUGGGCGCCUCGCGAGACACUGCCGUCGGCAGCUUCGGCCUGCCGAAUCACAACAACAACGCUGGUCGCCGGUGGUCACCCCGCGACCUGGUUCUCGAGACAGUUGGUGCAGGCCACAGGCUCAAGCUCCAGCUCGAGUCGCUCGCCACCAAGAUCCUCUUUGACCACACCGCGGCUGCCCCCAGGGCUGUGGGUGUCGAGUUUCUCGAAGGCAAAGGUGUCUACAAGGGCACAUGGCAGUAUGCUAAGCGCCCUCCACCUCAGGGGGUCCUCAAGCGCGCCUAUGCUCGCAAGGAGGUCAUUGUCAGCGGCGGUGCCUUCAACACUCCCCAGCUCCUCCAGCUCAGCGGUGUCGGCGACGCUAAGCAUCUGAAGAGCCUCGGCAUCAAGGUUGUCGCAGACCUUCCCGGUGUCGGGCGGAACCUCCGCGACAACCAGGAGCUGCCCGUUGCCGGCCUGAGCCCACAGAACAUCACCACUAUCGGCGGCGAUCCUGCCUGGGCGACCUGCACCCGCGGCGCCCCGGGUGACCCCUGUCUCGAGGCGUGGAAGAACGGCCAAGGCCCCUACGCCGCCCCCUCUGGCAACAGCGAGUGUGCAUUCCUCAAGACUGACCACUCGCCCAAUGGCAAGCGUGAUGUCAUUACCUUUGGCCCGCCCGGUGUCUUCCGCGGCUUCUUCCCUCCUACCAACCAGACCGACUUGGGCAUCUUCACCGACCGGCCCAACACCUUGUGGCGCAGCCUGGCGCACAUGAGCGUCCAGAGCAACGCCGGCUACGUAAAGAUCAAGUCGCGCGACCCCACCGACACCCCCGAGAUCAACAUUGCCCAGUAUGAGUCCCCCGCCGGCGGCGACGUCGACCUCGGCGCCAUGAUGGACGCCGUCGCCUGGGUGCGUCGCAACAUGGCCGCGCUCGCCCCGCCCUUUGGGCCCGUCGGGACCAUCAUCGAGCCCCCUUGCCCGAGCGGCUGGGACCGUGCCACGGGUUACUGCAGCCAGCCCGAGGAGGACAGGCAGUGGAUCUACGAGCAGACCUUUGGUCACCACGUCGUGGGCACCUGCAAGAUCGGCCCCGCGGGCGACAGGCUCGCCGUGCUCGACAGCAAGUUCCGCGUCCGCGGCGUCAGGGGCCUCCGCGUCGUCGAUGCCAGCGUGUUCCCCAUCAGCCCGGGCGGUUUCCCCGUGCUCCCGACCGUCAUGAUUGCCCAGAAGGCGAGUCAGGACAUUCUCGCUGAUGCAUGAUUGGGCAGGGGCUGGGACUUCGGAGUCAACCAUUGUAAACUGAGUUAAGAGAUUAUUGUGCUUUGUAGCAGUUAGUCUCACCGACAUCAAUAUCACGAACACACUUACCUCUGGAUUACACAUUAUUUUGGCCACAGUUACUUGAGAUUUGCAUUUCACAUCCAUAACGACAAGUUUCAGUAGCGAUUUGCUUCAUUCUAUUGGAGACAAGGUCGCGUAGAAGAAUUGAUGAUUGGACUUGAAUGGUAGCGAUUGUAUGCUUCACGCAGAAGCAAGAACUUGCGCAAUUCGACAAAUUGCAAGACAGGAAAGAUUGUUCUGCAAUCAGACAGACGCAAAGAUUGAAGCAACAGAAACCCCAAAACAAUCAAAGGAGACAGAAAGAAAUCAGAUGCAAACCCACUCAACAUAGAGCCGAACGGAGCGUAUUUCUGUAUUACCCAACAGGCCCGAGCUUGGGCGCAAACCCAAGAUUAAAGACAGGAAAGACAGGAAAGAC